AUGUACGACUACUGGACCCUUACCCGCAUGCACAAGUUUCCUCUAGGAAGUAUCCUAGUCUUCUGGCCUUGUGCCUGGGGUACUUUGAUGGCCGCAAGAGUUGUUCCCCUCACUGUAGCUGAAAUUACCAUGUAUCUUGCGAUGUUCGCACUGGGAAGCACGCUCCUCCACUGUUCCGUGUGUGUGAUCAAUGACAUCUGUGACCGCGACUUUGAUCGGCAAGUAGGCAAGACAAGAAAUCGGCCACUUGCUGUCGGUUCCAUAUCACUUGCUUCGGCAUGGGUGUUACUCUUUUUUUCUUUCAACCAUGGAGAGUAUCUCAAUUGUGACCACUUGUUGACGCUGUUAUACAGCGCUUUUUUUGCGACAUUCGGUGUUUUUCCUUUGCACGCUCUAUAUCCGCUCAUGAAGCGCUGGACUUGGUGGCCCCAGUUAUGGCUUGGUUUCGCAAUGAGCUGGGGCCUUCUGGUAUCAUGGCUAGCCGUCGUUGAAGAUAAGGAGGACCCAACCGCCGUAAUGGUCAUGUUCGCUGGCCUCAUCUGCUGGACCGUUUUCUACGACACGAUCUACGCUUGUCAAGAUCGUGAAGACGAUAUGAAAGCAGGUGUGAAGUCCACCGCAUUGCUAUUCGGAAAACAUGUCCGAGCAGUCUUGACCGCUUUCGCCGCGGCUUUCGUCCUCUGCAUGAUCUACGCUGGAGUACUCAACGACCAGGGAUGGGCUUACUUUGUUGUGUCGUGCGGUGGAGUGGGGGCCCAUUUGUCCUGGCAGCUUCUGUCCUGGGACGUGGAUGAGGCUCGGGAUAGUGGUGCUAAAUUUGUGGUAUGUCCUCGCCUUUCUAUUUGUGAUGGUCAUCCGCUUACGUUGUUUGUCUUGCAUCAAGGCGAACGGAAACAUGGGUUAUAUUAUAUUCAUUAG